AUGAAAUAUCCAGGGCUGCAUUUGAAAUUUCGCAGAAAAUGUGCUGGAAAUGACCCUCUAGGCUUGGGUCUAGGUUAUAGAAAUAAAGUGGUAGCCACUAGUGCCAACACCAAGGCUACGUCUUGUCCAUCAGCCACAGUUACCACUGAACCUAUCGAAAAACACGCUCAGCAGGGUUUACUUGUCGAUGGGGGAAGUAUUGUACCAUUGAACAAUGGGCCAGAGUUCACUGUUGAAGUUGCACCAAAGGCCAAGGGAAGGGGUCGCCAACGAACAAUUGUUCCCUCACUUGAGGGUACUGACGGCAACGACAAAGAGGAGCUACUGCCGACCAAUGCCGCUCCGAGGAAACGUGGCAGGAAGCCUGUCAAUGAGACUCAGUCAGAAGUUGAAGAUGCUCCAGUGAAACGAGCCAAAUCCGCAGCGCAAACCAUUGACGACCUCCCCGCAAAACCCAAAAAAGGCCGCCCUCGCAAACAACCUCAAGAGAUCACCCAACGCGCUCCACUACCUGACCGUUCAGGACGAAAUGUGCAUCCUGCUGUUCUGCCAACCCCUCGCCGGACCUCUAAGGAGGUUGCUGCUGAACGUGAAGCCCAGCGACAGGCACUUGAGGCGAAGAUUCGUGAGGGCGAACAAGCGAAACUCUUGUUUGCCCAAAUGAAUGUAGCCGAAGAGUACCUCGAUGAUGAAAUGAAGGUGGACAAUCCCCAGCGCCUCUCUGUAGCCCUUCGUAAAUGUGGACGUGAUGAUGUUGAUGCGACUGACGACGGGGAGCACUUCGACUUUGCUGCGGUCGACGAAGCCUCACCUACGGAAGCAGAAGAUUCUGAACCUGUUCAACAGCUGAAGGGGAAGAAGAGAGCCAAGAAAGCGCCAAAGGGAACGAUGCGGAAUGAGGUCGAGACGAUGAUGGAGGGAAUUCGUAGGGAAGAAGAUGUGGGUCGACAGGGAAAGGAGAAAGCUGCCGUUGUCUUUACUUCUCUUGACACUGCGCCCAAGACAUAUCAGAACUCUGGCCUACGGAAAAGCGUUCCAUCAAAGAAACUGUCAGAGCUCAUCGAUCCCCUCCAAAGCGGUGGCCUCAACGACGAGGAUGCAAAAGCAGCCCGGCCAUCCGAGUUUGAACCUCGUCGUGGCAAUGCCCCCGUCCCCCAGGCGACUGAUUUAAGCAGGAACUUCUAUGCUACUAGUGCCCAGGCGCCCGUAUACCCCAAAGACCUGCAACGCGACCAUACUCGCAAGAACAAGCUUGUCGUGCUCACGGAAAGCGAUGAUGAGAUCGAAAGAAAGGAUAAAAAGAUUUCGAAAAUUAAGCCUGAGAAGGUCAAGAAGGCAGAAAAGAAAUCCAAACCUUCCAAAUCGAUUGGAGAUUCUGCCACUAACCCAACGAACACAGAUGGCCGCCAAUUUCUCAACGACGGUCGCUGGGCAAAAGUUUUUAUCCCAACGAUUACUCACGCUUUCUACAACUCCCGAGAACCCUUUCUGGAAUGGACUCGUGAAUCACCUCUCUUCCUCGCCACCACACAACAGGUGUUCAAUCUCGUCUUCGACAAUGUUUCUUUUACCCUCACUUCCACUGACCCUGUUGUUCUCGCGGCGUACAGCAGAAUCAAGAGCCGAAGGUCAAAACUCGCCACCACUAUUCUCGAGACUGUCAAAAAGUUCUUUGAGCAAUCGGAGUUCACCAACCAACCACAGAAAAUCCGCGAAUACGUGCGCUGGGCGCUGAGACCUGAUGGGCCGGCUUACUACGAAGUUCCGACCCCACAAUCAUCAAAGUUGGAUCGACGCCAUCCGGAUUACCAGGCUCCGGAAGGAUUUCUUCAAUCAUCAUUCUUAAGGUCAACAAUCAAGCAGUACAUCGGGUACACCACGAGCUCAGUCCUCCAUCCAGCCCUCAGUGCGACAGCCCCACCAAAAGGUCUCUAUGCUCUCAGUCUCACUGCGGUCGAGCGUGCAUUUGUUGCGUUCCGAAAUGGGACUUUUCUACAGCCUUCGCAAUUUAGUCAUGAACAAAGUUGGCAAGCGAUGAAGGCGUUCUUCGGCCAUGUUCAUCGUCUGAGCGAGCGGCGCUGGGGUCUCAUCCUCGAUGUCAACGACGUCGAAGAAAGUGACGAGGAUGUUUGCAUUGAUCAGUCCAUGAUCUCGGCCUACCGUGCUGACUUCUACAUUCCUUCGAGCCCAUUGAAAGCCUAA